UAAGUUAAAUACAGCAUGCGUCUAACACUGGACAAUGAUACUUACAAUAUUGAAUGCUAGUCUAUGAUUUAUAUACUAUAUUUAUUAUAUGAAAAUAUCUUGAAGAAGAACAUUUGAAAAAAAGGAUAAAAAUAAAGAAUGAAGCUGGUGUUGCUGAAUGUACUCAUAUUUAGCGCGGGCAUUUUCAAAGCAGUUUCAAGUCGGCACAUACCAGAACAAAUUCACAUUUCAUAUGGCGAUACCCAUGAUAGCAUUGUGGUCAUGUGGUCUUCACGUGAUCAUGUCACGUGGGAUGUGCAUUACGGAAUAUCACCGUCAGCCAUGGAAAUGACUUCACAAAGUAGAAUGGCUACAUUACCAAACACGCACAGUAAAGCAGCGAAAUAUAUCUAUAGAUCUACACUUAAGAAUCUGACCCUCGCAACAACAUAUUUCUAUAAAAUUGUGUCAAAAAUGGACCAACCUCCGCCGAUUGAAAGUGAAGUAUUUAGUUUCCAAACAUUACCAGGUGAAAAUGAACGCAAUACCACGUCAAGAUUUAUAGUUUACGGCGACAUGGGGGCUAAAAUGUCGAAUAUGACACGGGCUGCUAUUGAAAAUUUAAGAAGAACUCAAAGUAUUAAUGCCGUUCUCCAUGUUGGGGACUUUGCGUAUGAUUUACAUAGCGAGGAUGGAAAGGUAGGUGAUAUUUUCAUGGAAGAGAUACAAUCCUUUGCAGCCGAGCUUCCCUAUAUGACAGCUCCUGGUAACCAUGAAAUUGCUGAAGAUUUCAAGUCCUACAGAAAUCGUUUCUCGACGCCUAACACGCCAUGGCCGAUACCACUUAACAAAAUGUGGUACAGCUUUGACGUUGGACUAGUUCAUUUUAUCAGGUGAGCUUUA